UCUUAACCACUUUGAAUAAUUCAGCAAAUGAGACGCCAAUCACCCCGGUCGCCAUAGUAACGGGGGGCGGGAGCAGCUGUCGGUGGUGACGUGCCAGAGCCGGUGGAGCUCGGAGGUUGUGUGUGCACAGACGGCAACGUGUGCACGGUGCAGGUCCGUCUGAGAUAAGCGUGCCGGAGAGCAGAGUUGGAUGUUGAUGUAAACAUCUUCCCUAUCGACAGCUGGGUGAACCAGAAUGCUGGAGUCAACCCUGUGACAUCACCACGCACCCGGGCCAAUUAAACCAAGCACCUCACUAACCUUGUGAUAUACUCAGCGUUGCUGUGGAGACCAAUACCAUGGCGACAGAGGGGGGUGACAAGGCGGAGACGAAGAAGAAGUUGACGGGCCCGGCCAGAAUACUCCGGCUCGGGAUGACCAGGAAGGGUUCCGAGAGCCGAGCCAAUAGAAGACAGGCAUCUGAAGGUGGAGUUGGCGAGGGGGGAGGAGUCUCCGGCACGCAAGAAGAGGUCCGAGAAGAAGCAGAAGUGUGCUCCGGUGUGGACGUCCCGACCACCAGGGGGAGCUGUUCUCAGAAGGAGGAUGUGAAGGGGGAGGCGGGUAGGGGUACGAGGAAGACCCAGAAGGGGGUGUGGAGGAGGGUGUUCUUCACCUGCCUCAGGAGACGGCGGCGGCCGCGCCCGGAGGGCAGCACCCCCGGGUUCCCCGGGGAGCAGAUGGGCCCGUCCAGCGAGGGCGCGAAGAGGAAGAGACGCUUCCCCGGGCUGACACUUUUGCGCCGCCUCCUGCCCUCCAGCAGGGGGCGGGACGGGGGGGCGGGGCCCCGUUGUGCCGCGGAGGACGCGCGCGGAACACGCCAACCACUUCACAGCAGCCCGGGCGCCGCGGGGAGGACGGUCUGCACCCAGGAGGGGACCGACUGCGGACGGGACAACCCCCAGAGGGUCGCCCUGGAGAACAACAACGACAGAGACGUCCCGUGGUUGCCCGAAGCGGUCCAGGACGAGGCGAGGCACGUUCUGAAGCAUCGCUCGGACCUUGACGACGUCGCCAUGGAGAUGAGUGUGCAGGAGCCCGAGGCCGCGACUGAAUCCCAGCUGGGAUGUUUUGAACCGGCAUCAGAGGUGGACCCCCAGCGGCCGGACCCCCAGGCCCCGGAGCAGAGACUGACGGACGGGUCACCCGACCCAGCAGAGAACCACCUCCCACCACCCUCCACAGCCCAUAAUGACCUGACCAACACCGCCGUGGCAACCGCUGACCAGCUUCUCGACGACAAGGCCAGUCCCUCAGAGGGCACUUCUGAAGAAGAAGAAGAGGCGAUGACCCCUGCACUGUUCAAUGGCCUCCAUCGUGUUGGGGAUGGUGUUGCUAUGGUUACUGAGGACCACCCUGCCGCCCGAGCUCCCUCCCCUUUGAAGGCUGUCCUCGUGGUACCGCUGAUACGCCUCAACAGCGGCGAGGAAGAUGGCGCGUGCGAUUGGGAAGGCGGUGCGUGCGUCUGGGAAACGCCUGCGCCGGAGGACGAGUCGCCGCUGGAGGUCGGCGUGGAGGUGGAGGUGGACUGGGAGGUCAAGGGUGGAGGAGGGGGGGAUGCUGACGGGCUGGUGCUGGCCGCUCAGGCGGUGGUGCAGGCCGCCCUGGUGGCUGCCGUCCAGCAGCUGUUGAGGGAACAGCAGAACUCUGUGGACCACGCGCACCACCAUGACACCCAUCACCUGUCCCCCGCCCCUUACUGACCCUGACGUCUAACAUUAAGUCCCUAACAUCUAACCCUUAGUUCCUAACAUCUAACCCUUAGUCCCUACCAUCUAACCCUUAGUUCCUAACAUCUAACCCGUAGUCCCUAACGUCUAACCCUUAGUCCCUACCAUCUAACUGUUAGUCCCUACCACUUAACACUUAAUUCCUACCAUCUAACACUUAGUCCCUAACAUUUAACCAAUAGCCGUUAACAUCUAGCCCCUCACCCUAAUCACUCAUCCCCAUGCCCUUAAUCACUUAAUCUAACCCUAAAUCCAUAACCUCUAACCCUAAAUCUGAACCAUCUAACACAUAGUCCCUAACAUCUAACCCAUAGUUUCUAACAUCUAACACUUAGGCUUUAACAUCCAUCCCCAUCCCCUUAAUCCCUCAAAUCUAACCCCUAGUCCCUCAAAUCUAACCCUUGGUCCCUGGCAUAUAACCCUUAUUUCCUAACACUUAAACCUAAGUCCCAAACAGCUUACCCCUCACCCCAUCACCUGUCCCUCAACCCUUAAAGCCAGGGAAGGCAAUUUGGAGAAACCAGCAAGAGCACGAUUUUAAGUAUACAAACGAUAGAAUCCCAGUCCUCCUUUAACUCCUCAAUAACAAGUGACCAGCUGGCUAGGUUUAAAAAUAGUUCUGCAUAGCAUUGUGGGAGACUCUGCUCAUGUGCAAUGAGUGCACAGGCAGAGUGCGGCAGGUAGCCCGGAAGGUGACUUUCCUUUUUAUAAUAGAAAAGUUUAAUUAUUAGGGUGUUUGAGUGUUUGAUUUAUUGAUUGCUGAUGCGGUGGAAAGAGAAUUUCAGCAAAAAUAAAUUGCCUACCCUACCUUAAAUUCAUGACAUCUAACCCUUAACCCUCAACCCCAAAACCUUUGCCACUGGUAUCUAAUCCUCAUCACCUAACCCUCUUCCUAACUCUUUUCAUCUAUAUAGACAAUGUUAAUAAUUAACAUGAAGUCUUUAUUUAUAAACCGGCCAAAUCCUUGAAUCUCCUCCUCCAUCUUGCGUCUAACACCUAUCCCAGCCACCAUUUAACUCCUAACUGAUGAAAAACACUCAACAGAGAAACUAUGUUUUUUUAAUGAUCACAGUCACACAGACACACACAGACACACACCUGCACGUCACAGUUCUUUAUUAGUGCAUUUACAGUUAUGUUUGUGUCUGUCUUCAGUGAUUAGCGGGGCCAGGGCAACCGCGGUUGAAGUGUACAAAUGUCUUGUGAAUUAACAUUUAAUUGAUUCUCCUAAAUGCGAUAGUUAUAUUGUUUAAAUGCUUUGCUCAAUUCUGAUCUAACAUAGUGGGGGCUACUGCUUGUGUUGUGAAAGGAUGGCUGAAGGGUUGGACCAUUGAAGCAUUCAGUCAGGGAUUUGUGUCCCUACUUGUUUGAUUUUUGCAGAAAAAGGAGUGUAUAUUGCAGGCCAGAAGGUUAAUUACGAAGUGUUAAGCAGUACUCUGUUAUUUUAGAAAAGUGUGACACCUAUAAGCAACACUUAACACUGAUUAAAAGAGAAACCGAUUUUUCACAUGCAAAAUGCCGCGGCUGCUAUUUGAUUCCGAGUGUGUAGGAAGCAUUUCUAUUUUGUCCAGCCUUGAAAUAAAAAACGCAGUUUAAAAUCAAAUAAUAAAGUGGUUACAUGAUAACAUACAUUGUAUAGUUAGGCUGAAGGAAAUAUUUAUUGUGAACUAAAGCAUUUAAAAGUGAGCCAUAUGCCAUGUGGCUCACCUUUAAAUGCUACUGGCUGCGCUAACUAGCAUUCUAGAACAACAUCACCAGCUAGUGUAGCACCGCUCAGCUAAGUGACACAACAGACAUAUCAUAUAGUUAUAGGUCAGAGAGAGAGAGAGAGAGAGAGAGAAAGAGAGAGAGAGAUAUUUCACAACUAUUUUGAAUGGUUCAAAUGCCCAUGUUUUUAUAAUUUUCCGUUCACAGACUUGCAUGUUGUAUAAAAUACCUUUGUUCUUGAAAACAGUAGAGUGGAAACCUUCUUACAGAUCUUGCCUUAAUCAAAAUGUGAUCUUUAUUUUAAUGAGAAAUUAUAAAUAUAAGUUUUGUCUAUUAUUCUAAAAUGUUAAUGAUUUUCUGACAUUUGAAUUAAAGGGCAGUUCUCCAA